AUGGCGCUUGUGGCAGAAAAUCACUUAAAUGACGUAGACCAUGGCGGCAGAUGCGGCUAUGGUUGGGGCGGUUACACCAACACUGAUUUUGCCGUGGACGAGUUCGGACUGUGGUUAGUGUACGGGAACGUGACUGAUAACUGUAACUUGGUCAUCGCCAAGAUCAACCCGGACACUCUCAACGUGCAGAAUUCGUGGUCGACAACCAUUCGAAGCAGGAGCGUUUGGAACACGUUCAUGAAAUGUGGCGUGCUUUACGCCACGAGUUACUACAGUGGAAGUUACAUGUACAUCCGCUACACCUAUGACACCAACACUGGGAAACAAGAGACGCUUCCAUCGAAUAGGAUCCAGUUCUGGCAACCUGGUACAUAUAAUACCAUGUUAGAUUACAAUCCUCGUGACGGUCUUCUGUAUUAUGCUGAUGUUAGUUUCGGGUACAUUGGCACGUUUCCAGUUGUCUAA